ACAAUGGCGAGUCCAGGAACCGUGGUUCCUAGCGUUGAGAUAUUGGCCGUGAAGGUGAACUUUGGUGUCUUUUGGGAGGUGAAGAUGUUGGCCAGCUUUCUAAGAUGCUUCCCCAACAUUGGCACGCUGCACAUCGAGUCUGUACCGCAUGAUCCAUCAGUGGCCGCUCAUGAACCCACCGGAGAGCACCAUGCUAGGUUCUGGCAGGAGGCCAGUCCAGUCGAAAGCUUGAGAUUACAUGUCAGGAGCUUGUUCAUCCACAAAUUUCAAGGGUAUCAAAACGAGUUUGCAUUCCUCAAGUACGUGGCCUUGAACGCGCGGGAGCUGCGAGCAUUGCUGGUCGUGUCACCUGACAAAAAAAUUGCUUUGGCACUGGCAGAAGAGGUGAAUGAGAUGGCAAAGAAAUUGGACUGUCCGCUAUUUCAGCCAUGGACUACUAGAGGGUUGUUGGAGUCACCUAGAGUGCGCAAUGUUUUGAUCUCUCCUAAAGUACCCUUUCUCGGUGUCCAUGACCCUUUUCGCUGGUGAACCAGUGGUUGGCUAUGUGUUCUCCUGAUCCCAGCUUAUUUGGGAAUCAUUGACUGCUCUACUUCAAGGUCAAGUUGUUUAGUUUGUAAGGUGUGUGAUCUCCUAAGAUAUGGUAGGUUUCAACUUACCAUGAGUAUAUUGUGAACAAACCCUUGGGUUUAUAUGA